AUGUUAUCCACUGCCAAAGGUGCACAGUCUUACAAUGACAUUAGAACAGUCAAUGGUGUGGUAUAUCCUACAUUUAGGGAAACAUGUUUUGCAAAAGGCUUUCUAGGUAGUGAUCAAGAAUUUAUUAGUGCUUUACAAGAAGCUAAUAAUUGGGGUAUUCGCCUUACUGAAAAGGAAACAAUUCAUUUAUGCUUGACUAAGAUUGAGAAUAUGCUACAAGCCAACAGAAGGAGCUUGCGAGAUUUUCCAUCCAUGCCAUACCCAAUAGGAUAUGCACGCAACCAACAACAUAAUAAUCUGAUCCAUAAUGAAAUGGCAUAUGACAAAGAAAUGCUAGCAGAACAAUACAACACAGCAUACCAAUUGCUCACAGAUGAGCAAAAAACUAUUGUCGAUACCAUUAUGCGUGUAGUUAACACUCAAUCAGCUGCAGUUUACUUUCUCUAUGGAUAUGGUGGAACUGGCAAAACAUUUGUUUGGACAACUUUAUCAUCUGCUACACGCUCCAAUGGUGGAAUUGUUUGUACAAUUGCUUCGAGUGGAAUUGCUUCAUUACUCUUGCCUGGUGGUCGGACCGCACAUUCCAAAUUUGCUAUACCAGUCGCUGCAACACAAAAUUCAACUUGCAAUAUUCAUCAAGGCAGUGACUUAGCUGAAUUAUUAAAGGUUACAAAACUAAUAGUCUGGGAUGAAGCUCCAAUGUGUCACAAAUUUGCAUUUAAGGCACUAGAUAAAAGCCUUAAAGACAUCAUGCACAACAAUCUGCCUUUUGGAGGGAAAAUUAUCGUUUUUGGUGGAGAUUUCUGA